CGAUGGCGUGACGAUAUCACCGUCCUCUGUCGAGGGUUAUACGUAUAUCCGGCCAUGAUUCUCCGGUGUGUAAGCUCUGCCAACAAGGAUGCGAGCCUCAGGCUCCGUGGAAGGUUUCUGACGUCGGGAUCGCCCAACAAGACAUGGCGAUAGAGCGUGUACGCAUCCAGACGGCCGUUCCGCUUGGCCAUACUGGCUUUUGCAUUGCUGACUGUCACUGUCCAGCUCCUUGCGUAUGGGUAUCUUGUAUCUGUCUCGUGUAUGCUCGAUCUGUUUUCGUGGUUUUGGGUGGAUUUGGUCAGUCCAACAGCGCCAGGCUUCAUCACGAUCCAGCCACACACACUUAUAUAUAUCUGCCCUUGGCAUCCAGGCAUAUAUACGUAAAACCAACAACGGAAGUACCACGGCCUUUAAAAUUACAGAAAAUUCAUGGAAAAUCACAGCGGCACAAACUGAGUCAUCGGUUGACUUUAAAAUACAAAAAGGGGCGAGGUUGAGCGAGAAUAAAAAGAAUAAUCCGCCGUGGCGGUCGAGUUUCGAACGUGCAACCUCGAAG